AUGCUCGGCAACCCAAGCUCUACCAUGACUGGUCUCGUCACAGCGAUCUACGAUAUUGGCUGCGCCAUUGGAGCCCUAACUGCUUUCGUUUUCGGCGAGCAGAUGGGCCGUAAACGUUCUAUAAUCAUUGCAAAUAUCAUCGUUAUCCUUGGUACCGUUAUUCAGACCACGUCAUACGGCUAUGCGCAGAUGUUUGUCUCCCGUAUCAUCGUGGGUAUCGGUGUAGGCCUCAGCACAGUCGCCGUCCCAAUUUUGCAGUCUGAGACUCUUCCCGCACACAACAGAGGCGCUCUUCUUGUGGUACAAUCCGCUCUCAUCAUUAUCGGUGUUGCUCUUGCCUCUUGGAUCUGCUUUGCAACUCUCUUCGCCGAGAGCUCUAUGCAAUGGCGCUUUCCUAUCGCCUGUCAGAUUAUAUUUUCUCUGAUUGUCCUCAUGCUAUGCCCUUGGAUCGUAGAAACUCCUAGAUGGCUGGCAAAACGUGGAAAAGUAGAGAAAGCACGCCAUAUCCUCGCACGCGUACUCAACAGACCUGACGAUGACCCGGAAGUCAGCGGCCAGCUGAAUGAAAUCUUGGAUUCUAUAGCUAUCGAAGAGGAAGAUGGCGAGCCAUCUUGGAGCGAAGUGUUCACCAACAGGACAAAAUCUCGGAACCUACAGCGCGUAUGCCUCGGCAUGGGUCCAUACAUGAUGAAUCAGUGGUCUGGCGUGAAUGCUCUGUGUUACUACCUCGCUUACAUCUUUCAAGAAUAUCUCGACUACACUCAGGAUCUUUCCCUGAUCCUCGCCAGUGUCGCCUUCACCCAGUACGCCGUCUUCUCAUGGCCUCCAUACUUUUACAUUGAUCGUAUAGGCCGUCGUUGGAGUAUCAUGUUCUCUUCGGCGGGUUGUGCCAUGUGCAUGGCCGUCAUUGCUGGAUGUCUUGUCGUGCGGACGUACGCCAACGCCGCUGCAGCCGUGGCUUUCAUGUUUCUCUACCUUGACUUCUUUACCUCGGGCAUCCUGCCCGUCUCAUGGUCCUACUCGGCCGAGAUCCAGCCUCUCCGCGUCCGUAACAAAGCCACCGCCGUUGGUGUCUUCUCGCAUUGGACGUCGAACUUCGUCGUCGUCAUGGUCACUCCCAUAGGUCUCGAUAGCAUCGGCGGCAACUACUUCUGGAUCUGGGCCGUCAUCUGCGCCCUCUUUAUCCCGCUGAUCUACUUUUUCGGCGUCGAAACAUCCGGCCGCUCCCUCGAGCAGGUGGAUCAAAUGUUCUUCGACGAGCCACGCUUGUGCAUGGGCUUGAAUCCGAACCAUCGCCGGGUCAUUCGCGCUACGGCUGCGGAUGAGGAAGAAAGAUACUCGAAGUUCGUGCGUCUACAUGAGGUUAAGGAGAAGGCCGUAGAGUUGGUGGAGGACGGAGGUGCGAAGUGA